CGCCCCGGCCGCCAUGGGCAAGAGCCGAACGAAGCGGUUCCGGCGGCCGCAAUUCUCCCCCACGGGCGAGUGCGCGGCGGCGGCGGCCGGAGAGCGGGAGGCUCCGGCCGAGGACGGCCAGGAAGACGCGCCGGCGGACGAGCUGCUGGACAAGCUGCAGCACCCGAGCGCCGAGGUCCGGGAGUGCGCCUGCGCGGGCCUGUCUCGGCUGGUGCAGCAGCGUCCCGCGCUCCCGGCCCUGACCCGGCGGGACGCAGUGCGCAGGCUCGGGCCCCUGCUGCUCGACCCCGGACUGCGCGUCCGCGAGACCGCCGCCGGCGCGCUACGAAACCUCAGUGCCUGCGGAGGGUUUGAAGUUUGUGAUGAUAUGGUUACCAAGGACAUUAUGACCCCCCUUAUUGCACUUUUAAAAGAGUGUAGUAUCGGACUGGAUUCCAAUGGCGUAUCUUCACAGAACAAUAAAGAUUUAAACAAAAAUUACAUCGAAGACAUAGCUAAUGAGGCUGUGAACGUGCUUUGGAACGUAUGUGAAUGCAGUAGCCGAGCAGUGUCUAUAUUCAACAAGGAAGGGUGUUUGGAGCAUCUAAUUAAAUUCUUAAGUAGGUUUUCCACCAAUGUUGAGUUGGCCAUUUCUGUAGCAUAUUGUUUACAGGCAGUAACAGAAGACAAUCCAGAGCUCCUGAAGUCUUUCACUGUUUCAGCACUGCAGGUGCUUGAAUCAGCAAUGCUCGAUCCCGACAGUUCAAUGGAGCAUAUUCUGCUGAAAACAUUGGUGGCAGGUACCGUUUGGAAUUUGAAGGACAUCGUUCCGUCCAGGAGUCAAGCAGACACCAUAAAUGCCCUUUUGAAGACUUUUUCUGACGUUUUGGAGAUAGAUGCUGGUGAAACAGUUAUUAAGAUGAAGAAAGCUGAAACAGAAAGGUUAAAAGCUGCUGCAGAGGGUGAAGCAGAGGAGGAGAAGGUUGAGGACAUGAAUGAGUCUGCUUUGAAUAAUGAUGAUGAAAUGGAAGAGAUUCCCCACAAAAGAAAAGUCAGAAGGAAAACCUUCAUUUCAGAUCUACUGCCACCCACUGACACGGAAGUGAAACAGACAGUAGCCUUACUGGCCGCUCAGCAGACUACCCUGGAGAUCAUCGUCAACAUGUGUUGUAGCGAAGAUUCUUCGGAUGACGAAUGGGAAGAGCUCUCCAGCAGUGACGAAAGCGAUGCCGUUAUGGAGAAUUCCUUCAGUGAGUGCGGUGGGCAGCUCAUGUCCCCACUUUGCCUGUCCGCUGAGGUGCUCUCUGCUCUAACCAACUCCCUCAUUCCAAAGAAGAUUUUUGAGAAAACUGCUUUUCUGAACAGCGAAGCAGUUGACAUCUGUUCCAGCAGCCCUGCAUGGAAGCCAUUGAUUAGAAAGAUGAACACGGUACAGUGUAGAGCGCUUACGUGCCUUCAGAGUAUUGUGUCUGUGUUGGAUGCGGAUUGUCUCGGAGGGGCCCCAGCUCUGCAGACACUUGCUCAGCAUUUGUCCCAACUCCUUUUUUCUCAGCCAGGUUUUACUAAAAACACUGAAUUCCUAGAAGCCAUAAGCAGCGCUUUGAGGGCUCUUUUGCAGACGAUGGCAUCAAAGAACAUUUCUCAGUGCAUGACUCCUGAACAGCUGAUGACCCUCUGUGAAGCUGGUAUUCAGAAUAGCAAUAUCGGUGUUAGAGUAAAUGUUGUCAGUAUCCUAGGAAUCACUGGCAGUGUCCUAUCAAAAGAAGAUGGAACAGCUGAAACCCUCCAGACUAUUGGAAAACUGCUUCUUGAAGUUGCCACCAAAGAUUCUUCUCUCGUGGUGACUGGAGAAGCUCUCGAUGCCCUCUUUGAUGUUUUUGCGGAUGGGAAAGAGGCUGAAAAAGCAGCAUUCCAGAUUAAAUUGCUUUCUGCUCUGAAAGCCUUCCAACCGGUUUUCAAAAUGAAGAUGCGAAAAGAAGGAAGAGGAAAAUACAGUACGGAUCAAUUAUGUGUUCUUGAUAAUGUGAAAAUGAAUUUAAGAAGAUUUAUUGUGUACCAGGAGACUGUAGAAAAAAGACUGACUUCUUGAAAAACCCAAGAACUGACUUGAAUCUUUAAUUUGCCUUGUUAGUUUCCACAAUAUGUAUUAUAUUAGAAAACCAGGGGUUUCGCUUAGACUUCAACAUUGCCUCAUUCUGGAAAUGAAGCUUGUUUGAACUGGGUUCUGCUUAUUAAAAAGUCAGUGUUAAUUUAGUGUUUACUAAAUAUUAGAAAUGUACAGGGAUGUAUUUUUGUAGCCUUGGGAUCUAUGAGUGAAUUUCACUACCACUUUGAAAGCUUCUUCUGCCUUGAUAAAAAAAAAUUCAAUUAUAAUUCCAUAGGAAAAUACAAUAUAAUCUCAGGUGGCUCAUAAAUCACAAAAUGAUCUUGCUUUCUAGGUGAAUUUUAUAAAAAGGAACCAAAGCAGAGUUUAGAAAUGCAAAAAAAUUAAUAUUACUUCCUGUUGGCUUGAAUUGAAAAUGGAAAGAAAGUUUCUAAACCAAAGACGUUGGCCCAGAAAAUAGGAUAGAUAUUGUUACUAUGUUCUUUUUAACAGAAUAAUUUGGGUUCAUAAAUUCGUUGCAGUGACAAUAAUCAUGAAGUUCUGCUAAGGAGGAACCUGCAGAGAUGAUUAACUGUAAUAUUCUAAAUUCAGCUGUUUCCCUUAAUGUGAUUUGGUCACAAAUAAGGAAUGGAAUGUUAUAGAGAAUAUACCCUUUUUUAUUGAAAUUAUGUUCAGGGUUUUCUAACGGCUUUGAUAAUGCUGGUCUCUGGAGAAAGCAGUUAAGGUUUAUAAAAUACAUUCAAAAUAUGUAUUCACUGUCAUUUGCUAGUUUUAUAGCUAUACAGUGUGACCUAAUUCUGUCAUCUUUGUUUUCUUUUUAAAUAGAACUUCUCAGUAUGCAGUUCUUUCAUGUAUGGUUUGGGAUAAAAUGUGUAAUGGUUAACCAGCCUGGAUAUCAAUCAGACUCAAUAAAGAUUUAUGAGAGAGAA